AUGAAGGUCACACGGAUAAAGGCCAAAAGGAUGAAGGUCACAAGAACGAAGGUCAUAAGGCUGAACGCCACAAGGAUAAAGGCCACUAGGAAGAAGACCACAAGACACAAGGAUGAAGGUCACAAGGAUGAAGGUCAUAAGGAUGAAGACCACAAGGACGAAGGCCACACAGAUGAAGGCCAAACAGAUGAGGGCCACACAGAUGAAGGAAACACGGAUUUAGGCCACUCGGAUGAAAGAAACAAGGAUGAAGGCCAAAAGGAUGAAGGGUACAAGGAUGAAGACCACAUGGAUGAAGGUCACACAGAUGACGGCCACACGGAUGAAGACCUAAAAGAUGAAGACCACACGGCUGAAGGCCACAAGGAUGAAGACCACAUGGUAGAAGGCCACACGGCUGAAGACCACAAGGCUAAAGGCGACAAGGAUGAAAGCUACAAGAAUGAAGGCCACACGGAAAAUGAACACAAAGAUGAAGGCCACAAGGAUGAAGACCACACGGACGAAGGCCACAAUGAUGAAGGCUUCAUGAAUGAAGGCAACUAUGAUGAAAGUCAAAAGAAGGAAGGCCACAAGGAUGAAGAUCACGAGGUUGAAGACAAGAAAGAUGAAUGCCACAAGGAUGAAGGCCACAUGAAUGAAGACCACAAGAUUUAA